AUGGGAGUAUCAGCAGCUGUGAUAUCAUUCACAACGUGUAUCGUUUUCUUAACGUUGUUCCAACAUCUGACGACAGUUAGCGCUCUUUCCGAGGAUCAUAUCGUUCAAGAACAGGACGGUAACGAUGCUCCGGAAAUCGAUUUUGGUGAGGAGAAAAUCGUGCUACCGAAAGGUGCCAGUUGGAAUUUCACCUGCAAGUCACAUGAACCGAUCAAGUGGGAGUAUUAUGCCGCAUCGUACCAUUGGGAACCACCGAAUGUUGCCUCUGAGGAAUACCCGACAUAUGAUCCUGAGAAACCGUUUGGAAGUAUACUAAUGCUCACCGACGCCUCGGCCGCCAUGGUCGGUCGGUAUUAUUGCGUCGAUCAGCAAGCGUUCCAUAACCGAGGUGAAGAAGAACUGGACGAAAUGGUGCCAGAGUUUUUGGCCUCAACAAUCUACGUGUUCGUGAAUGAUACCGAUCAUCCCCUGGUACCGAUUGACUCACCCGUCUCUAGGGUGAUCCAGUAUGAAACGUUUGUCAUUCCAUGUAAACCUACCCACCCGGGUAUCGAUGUGGAAUUGUACAAGGACGUUGAAGGGGAUUUGAUUGAUGAUUAUAAGUACAGUAGUACGCAAGGAUAUGAACUACAGUUUAACAGACUGGAAGACGGUGGUUCCUACUACUGCAUGGCGAAAAACAGUCCCUACCAACCGAUACACUUCGAAAUCGCGAUCAUAGAGAAUUGUGAGUUUCCUUGCAUCAGACGACGUCCAACCGUCGCUAGUAUUAGGGGUGGUUCUCUUUCACGGGAGCACCCACCAGAGAUGGAACCCGACGCAAUCGAUAUUGGUGAUGGUGCUAAUUACGAUGACGUACCAAUUAAGGACGACAAAAUCGACAAAUCACUAAAAACCGUAACAGAGUACCUGCAGAAACCAACGAUCAUCAGCGAUACGGGCGAUCUUAUCCCAAUUGGUAAACCCAUAAGAUUAGUUUGCGCAAUAACCAUUCGGGCUGGAGUACACCUCGAUAUGACGUGGCUCACUCCGCCAAAACUAAUGCCAGCCGAACAUAAUUCAAGAAUUAAGAUCGGUAGGAUGAAGUCUAAACCAAUCGAAGGGAGCGAACAUUUCGAGCUUGUAACACUGGAGUUGACUAUCGACCAGGCAAGCACUAGCGAUGGUGGCUUGUAUCGAUGCGAAGCGACGGAUCACAUUGGCCACAAAAACGGAAAACACUACACGCUGUAUGUAAGAGAAUCCGCGGGUGACUAUGUAAAGUUGUGGGAAGAGAACAACCUUACGGAGAUCAGCAUUCGUCGCAAAGGCAAUAAAAAAAUGAGACCAAUCGAUAUUGUCCUCGAGUACCGCUCGUAUCCUGUGACUAUCUCGUGCUACUGGAUGAAGGAUGAUGAUAUUGAGUUGAAGAAUGAUACCGGAAAGUACGAAUUCUCGCAAACCAAGACGCACGUUAAGCUGCGAAUUAACGAUCCUAGAGUGGAGGAUACGGGCAACUACACGGUGGUUAUCUUAGCUGGAAAUGGCGAAGGCAAAUACCAAAUGGGAGUUUACGUGCAUGGCAUAUCAAUGGUACACAUCGAGAGCAAGCUAGUGAAACCGAAUGAAGAGGUAUCGUUUACAUGCCGUGGUGUUGGCUUUCCACGUCCGGAUCUCUCUUUCGCAUUUAUGCCCUGUCAGCAACAGCCGUGGAAAAACUGUUCGCGAACAAUAGUGGAGCCAAAAUCUACCGACUGGGAUUCCUCGAGUUCGGAAACCAUUUUGGAGCCGACAGCAAGAAGGUCGCCGAGCGGGAAAGUAGAGUCCAUGAUAGUCAAAUCGCGGGUAUUCACAACUGUAUCCACGGAGCCAGGUAUUGUGUACUGCAUGGCGAGCAACGAAGUGGCCAAUGAAAUUGCACAAGCAGAUUUGCUGAUAACUGACCUCACGGAGUCCGUUACAUUGGAAAAGGUGCAACCGAAGGAAGCCAUCACGGUCGGUGAUAACGUUACGAUUGUCUGUUUGGCACUUGUGUACAAUUACACUAAAGAGAUCGUGUUCAUGCGGAACAACAGGAUACUGACCCAAUCGGACGGUGUGAGCGAGGUUCAGUACUCGAAAACGCCUGGUCUGUACGCCUGGGAGGCUGUUUUGAAUAUCGAUCAUAUCACCCAAGAACACGAUGGUCCUGUGUACUGUCAGGUGAAGAGCAUUCUCAAUACGACCGAAUCCUUAGCAUAUAUGUUAAAUGUACUGGAACCGCAAGCCCCGCAACUGCUAUCUGGAAAAUCUAAUCAAAGCCUCUCAGUUAACUUGCACGACCCACUUAGACUGGAGUGCGACAUAGUCGGGACCCCAGAUCCGUACAUCGUUUGGCUAAAGGAUGAUGUUCCAGUGCAAGUGGAUGAAUCGAGCACUCGCGUGCAGUUAACCAAAACGGCACUGCUAUUCGAAUAUCUCAAAAAGGAGGAUCUGGGCAUGUUUGAGUGUCGCGCGGAAAAUAAAAUGGGUUCGAUUGAAAAGUAUUGGAAAAUAGACGUUCGAACGGCGGUUGUCAGUAAGUCGCUUAUCUACGGUAUCAUAUGCCUGAUGGCGAUUCUCAUCGUCGCGAUCAUACUAGUGACCUUGUUCUACUGCAAGAAAAAGAAAGAAGUCAAAGCCAUGAAGGAUGCCGGCAUCAUAAACUUCGAGGAAGGCAACCUGGGUAUCUACAAUCCCGAGCUAGCUCUUGACGAACAAGCUGACUUGUUGCCUUACAACUCAGAGUACGAGUUUCCGAAGGAUCAGCUCAAGCUGGGCAAACAGCUUGGAACCGGUGCGUUCGGUGUGGUCAUGAAAGCUACGGCUACGCGCAUCAUGGUAACCGAAGACGAAUCGAUUGUGGCCGUGAAAAUGGUCAAGAAACAAUCGGAUAAUGAAGUCAUGCGGGCGUUGAUUUCGGAGCUAAAAAUUAUGGUCCACUUGGGGCAGCACUUAAAUGUGGUGAACCUACUCGGAGCGGUUACGAAAAACAUUGCCAAACGCGAACUAAUGGUCAUUGUUGAGUACUGCAGAUUUGGUAACAUCCAGAACUUCCUCCAAAAGCAUCGGUCAUACUUUAUCGAUCAAAUAAAUCAGGAAACGGGUGAGAUAGAUUCUUCUAUCGACAAAAACCAGCUACGCUGGUCGAAGUGCGGCUAUCAAUACAAUAGUCAGGGCUUGAAAUAUGUAAAUCUCUCGUUUUCCACCAACAACGUGAAUCAUCAUCCUCUCCAACAUCCGACUGCUUUCUACCACAAUAAUCACAUCGACAGCGGAUCGACGCAAGCGUACGUUGACCCGAAGAAACACCUCAACUCUAAAGGAUACGUACGCCACUCUGGAAUGCAGAACAUGGCCAUGGUGGACAGUUGCAACACGGAGGUUACAGCCAUGACAUCCGUCGAUGGGGAAGAUUUAAAUACGGUCAACUCGAACGAACCGCUUUGGCGCUCGAACUACGGAAUGGAUUACAAAGGUCCUGCUCGAUCGGUCAACACAACGGAUCUCGUUUGCUGGGCCUCACAGAUUGCUUGCGGCAUGGAGUAUUUGGCUUCGCGCAAGGUGCUGCAUGGCGAUCUGGCCGCUCGCAACAUUCUGCUGUGCGAUGAUAACGUGGUGAAGAUUUGCGAUUUCGGCCUGGCUCGCUCGAUGUACAAGAGCGAUAAUUACAAGAAAAAGGGUGAAGCACCGCUUCCGUUCAAGUGGCUUGCACUGGAGUGCAUAAGCGACAACGUAUUCAGCACUUACUCGGAUGUGUGGGCCUAUGGUAUCGUGUUGUGGGAGGUGUUCUCCCUCGGGAUGGUGCCCUACCCGGGCAUGGAUGCGAACCAGGAGCUGUAUAACAAGCUACGCGACGGUUAUCGCAUGGACAAGCCACAAUACUCGAAUCAGGAUAUUUAUGAUAUUAUGUUGAACUGUUGGAACGUGAAGCCGGACUCGAGACCCUCGUUUAAGGAUCUGAAGAGCAGAUUCAACGCAAUGCUCCCAGACGAAAUGCGAGAUCAUUAUUUGGAACUAAACGAGCCAUACUUGCAAAUGAACACCGAAAAACUAGAACGAGGUGAAACCGAUUACCUGGCCAAUCUAGGACCUCCUGAAGAGCUCGCACCAGCUGCACCUAAUUACGUGAAUGGAAUUAUUCUUCCUCUUCCCCCGAUUUCAGAAAUUGUAAACGACAAAGACUACCUUAAAAUGUCUAGAGCGAAGUCUGAGUCAGCGGAGAGUCACUUUGAUUUUACCUCAUUCAACAGCGAUCGUCAUUCUCCAACGAUUCGCAACAACCUCGAUACUAGUCCACCGAAUGGCAGCAAACGGCACAAGAAGCAAGGGCUGCCUGAAGAAAUUCCAAUGCUUGAGGGAAGCCUACUGUCGUCUACUGCAAACGGGUUCAAUUCCGAUUCCGAAACGGAACCCGUCAGCCCCAUGCCGAGGGAACGGAAAAGCAAGCAUAACUCCGAGCCAGAAUACAUGAACGUGAAGAACCACACGUUUAACUCCCGACCUGGUAAAGAGGAGCAGGCCGCGCAGGAAGCCAUCAGUAAUCCUGGAUACAUUGCGUUAAAUAUGGUCGAUGAAAAACGCUGCUAGUGUUGUUCGACCAACGUGUAAAAUAAUGCGUUGGUUACGUGAUAAACCUGGCGAUAGAGUACGUAUUUUAACACUGAAGCCACUGCACAAGUUCUUCGGUUUACGGUUCCAUGUAUGCCUGUAAUCGAUUCGUCGAUCGAUGUAUGGCCUACUACGAUGUGGUUCGGUUCUGAAUCGACAGGUUUAUGACACUAUGGUUAACGAAAUAUGCUUGAUGUGAUAGUUUUUGGGUAUCCUACCAACAUGUUUCGGAACUAGAAAAGCCUGCAGGUAGCAGAAAAGACGUUUCAUAGCUCUUGAGAUAGAUUUUUUUUAAAUAACGUAAGGGAUUUCGACACACAUGAUCUCGCCAAUUGUCAAUCAUCAAGAGCGCCAGAACCGCGUGCAGAAAGCAAGCGGUUUUAGAAAUGUGUUAUAAGAGUGCUCUUAGAUCGACGGAGAUCAACAACGAGACCAUAUGCCAAAUAGAAGAAAAUUCUCAAAUUUCAUCAAAAUCAACCCAUUAAUCGUGCAAUGCACAGUUGUAUUUCUGUUAGAUGUCAGAAAAACGAGUCUCGGUUGGCAUUUCGUUCAAAAAAAGCAUCAUCGUUUGAACGACAACUUCGUAUAGGUUGCGACGCUUAUUUUAUAGAACAACCAAUGUAUAUUAAACGAACAUCUAAAUUAAGAGUUAUGUUUUACUCGAGUGCUAGGAACGUAUGUGGGACGCAGCGAUGCAUUUCGAAUUCAGACGAAUAUAAGGUAUCCUUACGAUCUUAAACGACGAAAAGUGCCAAUUGUAGCAAGCGGGAAAUGACGCACAUAAAUGAUGUUUUGUUUGAUUCAAACAUUACAUUUCCUCCUAUUUAAGUCGUUCCAUCCCAGAAGGUUUUGUUUCCAUUCAAACUACACAGAGUUUACCAUUACCGUUUGGUAUGCUGUAGCCUUAACCUACACCAACCUGCUGAGGAUUAGGAAUCCUUUUGCUAAGCCUUCCAUGCAACCUUCAUUUAUACUUAAGAAGCCUUUUAUGCAAAGAGUAGGUUUCAUCGGGACUGGAAUCUUCUACCAGAUGCAAAAUUGAAUAUUAUUUUUGUAUGAUCUUUACAGCUGUGUGUACCGUAUAAGUAAGUGUAAAUAAUUUAUAUCAGCCAUAUAGUGAUCAUGUUUUAAUAGAUCUGUUCGACAAGCAACAGUUCAUUUAUCGGCUUCCAUGUAAUAGUUAUUGAUGAGUUGCGGUAAAUAAAGCAGACCAUGAAGAUAAAAUAUAAAGAAACGAUCUAU